AUGGAGCCAAGGGAAAAGACUUACUUUGAGCUUCAUCGUGAAGCCCUACUCUCGGAGAUCGCUGUGAGCUUCGAGCAUGUCCUGGCCAACAUCAACAAGCUUAAUCGCUCUCUCGAGUCAGUAAUAACCGUUGGCAACGAGUUCUCCUCCGUCGAGGCCCUUUGGUCCCAAUUUGAGAAUGUCAUGGCAAAAGAAGACAAGGGGGAUGCCCAGCAGCAGCAGCGCAAGGAUGAGGGGCAUGCGGAAGAGGACGUCAAAGAUGGAAAAUAA